AUGAAUCAUGCCUUGGCCCCUGGUUUCCAUCACUACCCAUUCUUCCCCUGGCAGUUUGGAAUGCCCUUCAGUUCUAACCCUCCAAUUCCGGGAGGCCUUGGCCAUCACGUCUCCUUAUGUGACCCAGGCUGGAGAAGAGUCAAGGAAGGUCCUAUUGGGGAAAAGCAGACUGAGCCUAGCCUCCCUGAAGGCGCAAGGACCCGUCAGCCGCCAAUCCCGGACCAGUUGGGCCCGAACAGGUCUUUCUACGAUGGCCAGUGGAUGAUGCCGCCCGGUGGACAUUUUUACCCAUAUGACAAUGGUAUUGAAGGCUAUUCCAUGGAUCACCCUUUUCGGCCGGCACCAGUUUUUGCGCCCUCAUCGAACCCGCCUGUAUCCUCCAUACGCCUAAGUGAGAUCACCAGGCGACACCUUGACAUACUGAGGUCGCGCCUCAAGUAUCUGGAGGACCAACUGAGUUACAACCGGCACCAGAUCGAUGAACGGGCUGUCGAAGGAGAUGCACGAACUGUUCGCGAGUACAUUACGCAAUUCGAGGGAAACUUGCAGGCUCAGUUGUCCAUUGAAGGAGGCCACCACCCCAAGCCAGAUUCCAGAAGCGCACAUGAUGCCCCGACCUCCACCAAGACAGACGGCACCUCCAAAUCCUCAAAUGCUGCCGAUCAUCAGUCCGCGAUGUCUGCACCCUUCCGUGCCAAACAAGGAAGUCAGGGUCACUACUCCAUGGGUUACAAGACAGCGGAUGAUAAGCCACGCUCGCGUUCCAAGACCGGGAUUAAUUCGACGAAAUCUGUUUCUGCCUUUGCAGGAUGGAAGCCCCCAGGCAAUGCAAUCGUCGGGUCAGGUCAAUUGACCGAGAAACCCACCUUGCCAACUAAUGCAGCCAUGGCAGCCCCAUUCCGUCCCAACUCAAGAGCAUCGAAUUUCCAGGGCUACAUGCAAGAAAAUAGCAGUUCUAGAGGAGGUUCUUACAUGGACCGUGACGCCGAGGGUCAGCCUCUUGGGCGCACCAUGAUGCCAGGAUUUUCCAACACUACAAUUCCAUAUCUUGUGGGGUAUCUUCCUUUUGGGGUUCGCCCUGACCUGGCAAAGCAUAGCGACUUCAUGUACGGUCGGCCUCUGACCGAAGAUGAGCAACGGGCCCGCCACAUGUACUGGGGGAAAGCGCCUGGCCAUCUACAGAAGGGGCUGCCGAAAUUUGACGGCAAAGAUUUCUUCCCGCCGUCCCCAACCAAAGACAGAUUCACCGAUGAUUCUAUUCCUUCCGUCCACGAAAUGCCUCCUGGAAGUACCACACCCGCCCGCAUUGUACCGAUGACAAAAGACCCCAGUGAUCCGUUUCAGGAACUGAGUUUGUGCGAAAGCUCUGGUCAAAUAUUGGCACGAAAUGGGCCCGGAAACUCAACACAGUCAGAGUGUAUCCCCAGGCCGGAACAAGAGUCCAGCGGGGGCCUUACAGUCACGACUAACCGUUCGAUGCCCCAAGGCAGACGACUUGGCCGGAGCCUUGAUGAGCUCAACCGAGCCUCCGAAGACACAGAGCCUACAUCAUCUGGAAGCGUGAAGGAGAAGUCUUCUUCGGAUGAGGCUGAUGAAGAUGAUCGUGAGCUCAUCUUCACUGGUCGCCAGACAAUAACUAAAAUAGGAAAAACCCACAACGACAUCUGGACAAGCAUGCUCAAGAAGGAGCCGGGGAGUGCCAAUGCAGUGUUCGGAACCGUUUCACCCACGACGGUGCAAGGAGUCCUGCCGCAAUACGCUAGUUACGCCACAGCUUCACUUACACCGACCAUUGCCAUUGCCAACAAACCGAUAUCGCCGAGAAGUGUGGCCUCAAAGAAGUGUGACCAAGGCGACACGAAAGCUCGGAGCCGAACAAGAGCAUGGAUGCGAAGCGAGAACUGUCCUCCCACUGAGAUGGGGUUCUGA